ACGCGGCAAGUUCCCAUUGGCUAAAGAAACUCAACCCCCAAAAUCAACUGUUCCAUCUACCAGUCUUCUUCUAAAGAGAAAAACUGAGUUAAUCACCGAGUUAAUCACCCAGUCAUGACCCAUCAAGAUACUCUCUUUUCUCUUCUCACUCCUCUAAAAUCAUUCCAUUGCAACACCAACAAAGACCCACAAAACCAUCUCGCUCGAUACACCUCCCCUGACUCAGUCCCAACUCAAUUGCCAUGCUUAAAAAUGGCAAGCUCAAGCUCCCUGACAAGCUCGGUGGUUUGGUCUCUGGUUUUGAUGACAAAGAAAUGAAAAAUGGAGGGUCCGACCCGGUUCUCGAGUCCGGCGAGGAGCUUGAGAUCAUGGAGCCUAAUGGGAUCGAGUUAGGCCACAAAGAAAAUGUGUAUGAAUUUGAUGAUUUGGUUAAUGAUACGGAUGUGGAUAACGAAGAUGCUUUUAGGACCCGAAAGAAACCCGAUAAAGAUGGUUCGGGUCAGGUUUCGGUUAUGGAGGUCAUUGCAGCUGAUGAGAAAAGGUCUGAUGUUGAAUACGAGCUUUCUCAAAAGGAGAUAAAUUUGGAAAAGCUAAGGAGGAUUGCUAGUAUGGGGCUUCCUGAUGGAGGAGGAUUGAGGGCAACAGCUUGGAAGCUACUCUUGGGUUAUUUAUCUCCUUCUCAUGAUUUGUGGGAAAAGGAGUUAACCGAGAAUAGACAAAAAUAUGCUAUGCUAAAAGAGGAGCUUCUACUGAGUCCUUCAGAGUACACCAGAGUAAAAGAAGAUGCAAUGAUUUCUGCUGAGCUGAGUGGUGAACAUGAUGAUGCCGGACCACUUAAGCGACAAGGAAUUUCUCAUGGAGAUCACCCCCUGAGUAUUGUUAAGGCUAGUGCUUGGCAUCACUACUUCAAGCAUACAGAGAUUGCAGAACAGAUUGAUCGUGAUUUGCUGCGCACACAUCCAGAUAUGAAAUUCUUCUCAGGGGAGUCCUCAUUCAGUAAGAAAAAUAGGGAAGCAAUGAGGAACAUUCUUCUUCUAUUUGCAAAACUAAAUCCUGCCAUUCGUUAUGUUCAAGGCAUGAAUGAGGUCUUGGCGCCAAUAUUCUAUGUAUUUAGCACUGACACUGAUGAACAGAAUGCUGUAAAUGCAGAAGCAGAUAGUUUUUCUUGUUUUGUUCGAUUGCUGAGCGACUCAGUGGAUCACUUCUGCCAACAGUUGGAUAAUAGUCCAGUUGGCAUCCUCUCCGCUCUUUCCCGCUUGGCAGAAUUAUUGAAAGAAAAUGAUGAGGAAUUGUGGAGGCAUCUUGAAUUCACAACCAAGGUUAAGCCACAAUUUUAUGCAUUCAGGUGGAUCACUUUGCUACUCACUCAAGAAUUCAACUUCCAAUCCAUUUUAAGAAUCUGGGAUUCUCUUUUGAGUAAUCCUUUCGGGAUUCAGGAUAUGCUAUUGCGGAUCUGUUGUGCAAUGCUAUUAUGCACGAAAAGCAGGCUAUUGAGUGGUGAUUUUGCAGCUAACUUGAGGCUUUUACAGCACUAUCCUGACAUCAACAUUGAACACCUUCUCCGUGUAGCUCAGGAUCUAAGUGCAAAUACUUCAUCCUACAGUUUAUCUUUGUAAAUAGAACUUGUUAUGGUUCUUUGUAUACAACAGUUUUGCAUAACAAGUGCUGUAUUUGACCAAACAAGAUAUUGAGGUAUUGCUGUGAGUUUCUUUU